AUGUCAUUGGAUUCAUGUGGGCUUUAUUACAUUGAAGAAGAUACGGAUGGUGAAAGGUCACCAAAAAAUGGUCCCGUGGUUGAAGAUGUGAAGUGUAAAAGAUUGGAUUCAUGUGGGCUUUAUUACAUUGAAGAAGAUACGGAUGGUGAAAGGUCACCAAAAAAUGGUCCCGUGGUUGAAGAUGUGAAGUGUAAAGGAUUGGAUUCAUGUGGGCUUUAUUACAUUGAAGAAGAUACGGAUGGUGAAAGGUCACCAAAAAAUGGUCCCGUGGUUGAAGAUGUGAAGUGUAAAAGAUUGGAUUCAUGUGGGCUUUAUUACAUUGAAGAAGAUACGGAUGGUGAAAGGUCACCAAAAAAUGGUCCCGUGGUUGAAGAUGUGAAGUGUAAAGGAUUGGAUUCAUGUGGGCUUUAUUACAUUGAAGAAGAUACGGAUGGUGAAAGGUCACCAAAAAAUGGUCCCGUGGUUGAAGAUGUGAAGUGUAAAAGAUUGGAUUCAUGUGGGCUUUAUUACAUUGAAGAAGAUACGGAUGGUGAAAGGUCACCAAAAAAUGGUCCCGUGGUUGAAGAUGUGAAGUGUAAAAGAUUGGAUUCAUGUGGGCUUUAUUACAUUGAAGAAGAUACGGAUGGUGAAAGGUCACCAAAAAAUGGUCCCGUGGUUGAAGAUGUGAAGUGUAAAAGAUUGGAUUCAUGUGGGCUUUAUUACAUUGAAGAAGAUACGGAUGGUGAAAGGUCACCAAAAAAUGGUCCCGUGGUUGAAGAUGUGAAGUGUAAAAGAUUGGAUUCAUGUGGGCUUUAUUACAUUGAAGAAGAUACGGAUGGUGAAAGGUCACCAAAAAAAUGGUCCCGUGGUUGA